GAGUGCUCUGUCUCAACUCUAAAUCGACCGCGCGAUUUUCUCCGGCCCCAUAGCACACUUGGCGCGUCCCUUGGUUCCACUCCCCUUCCACCUCAACGUUGUUUUAUAAUACCAUCUCACCUGUGCCAUCGUCCAUGGCGUUGGCUGCAGCUGGGGAGUGGUGGGAGGCAGCGAAGGCGACCAUCGCGGCGUACACAGGACUGCCGCCGGAGGCGUUCACCGCGGUUGUUGCGGUGAUCGCCGUGCUUUACGUCUCCGGCUUAUUCACGCGGCCAGCGCCGUCGCCGCCGAUAAGGAGGGAGGCGGAGGACGAGAGGACGCUCGAGCCGCUGCCGCCACCGGUGCAGCUUGGUGAGGUGACGGAGAAGGAGCUGGGGAUUUAUGAUGGGUCCGACCCCAAGAAGCCGCUCCUCAUGGCCAUCAAGGGGCAAAUUUAUGAUGUCACGCAGAGCAGGCUUAGGCCCUUUGGAGGUGGAAGCCUUGCAAGAAUGGGAGCAGAAAUUCAUGGGCAAGUAUGUGAAGGUUGGAACAAUAAAGAAGACCAUUCUGGUCUCUGAGGAAGACGGUAGAGCGCAUGCCGACAUAUCUGAAAGAGGCUUUGACUCAAAUGUGAUACAGAGAAAUCAUGAGUUGGUACCAGAAGAAAAUAGAGCUGAAACUACAACUGCAGGUCAUGUAAGUGCAAUGGAGCAGCCAAUGAAAAUAUACCAUGUGGGUCACAGCAAAAGCGUCCAUGAAGAUGAAGUGGAGACGCCAGAGGAAACGCCUGGUGCAGAUUUAAGGAACACAAGCAGCACUGGUUAUGGAGGAGAGCCUGAAGAUGCCGGGGAGAAGGCGAAAGAGGCACCGGAUGUAGAUGUGAACGGUAGCAGAAACCGUGAAAGUGUAGGAGGAUCAAGGGAAGCGCCAAGUGUUGGUUAGAACAAUACAAACAUCCAUCAAGAUGAAGUGGGGAAACUAAAGGAAACAUCAGAUAUUGAGGUGAAUUAUGCGUAGAGUUAUGCCUAUUGAUGAUGAUGUGUAGAGUUGUGCCUAUUUAAGAAGGAAGUACUCUCUCUGUAAACUAAUAUAAGAGCAUUUAGAUUACUAAAGUAGUGAUCUAAACUCUCUUAUAUUAGUUUACGGAGGGAGUAGAAAUUUAACCUUGGAAGAGGACUGAUUCUUCAUGUUUCGGAUCCAAACAGCACA